CGGUCCCUGACCCGGGCCCCCGGGCCCGGCCGCCGGCGGGGGCGGUGCGGGGCGUCCGCGCUGGCAUUAAGUUUCUUCCCGGGAGGAGGCUGACCUGCCAGGGGGGCCCCUGCACCCCGGUCAUCCAAAGAAAAGCCUUUGUGCCCUUUUGGCUCUUGAUGUCACAGCGUUGGCAUUUUGAAAACACCGACUCCGGUUCAUCGUAACCGGGAUUCUUAACCAGAAGGGAAACGAAGGCUGUUCGCUUGCCGUGUUAAGUGAAGUGUGGCAUCUGAAGUGUGUACAAAAGCAGCCCGGUCUGCCCCACCCUACGAGUGCGACCCUCGCUCCCCGCACCCCAGCCCUUGGCCUGCCUCCCGGGAGCGGGGGCGCCUGUCCCCCCCGCCCCGCGGCCUGAGUUCAGGAUUGGGCAGCUCGCUUGCUGCCACAGCAGGCGCCCGCGGGGGCGGGGCUGAGAGCCGCUCCGCGCUGUGCUAAAGCCUCACUUCCCCGGGCAACCCGGCAGCCCUUCUUCUUGCGCACAGAUUUAUAUUCCACGAAUCCACUUCCACAGAACGGCCUUUCGGCAGUUUCAGGAUCCUGUGUCCUACCUGUUCACCUUCUGGAUGCCCUCUGCUGCACCAGUGAACCUUGCAAACAGAAGUUUGGAAGAAGUGGACCGACAGGGAGAGCAUAAGCAUGUUUUUGGCCCAGAGGAGACUUUGCUCCCUUGGAAGUAGAGCAAAAUUCCUGAAGACAAUUUAUUCUUCAAAAAUCCUCAGACUCCCUACUUCUGCUAAAAUGUCUUUGAAAAUCACCAAUGCAAAACGAAUUGAAGGCCUUGAUAGUAAUGUGUGGAUUGAAUUCACCAAGUUGGCUGCAGACCCCUCUGUUGUGAAUCUUGGCCAAGGCUUUCCGGAUAUACCCCCUCCUACAUAUGUAAAGGAAGAAUUAUCAAAGAUUGCAGCAAUUGAUAGCCUGAACCAGUAUACACGAAGCUUUGGUCAUCCAUCGCUUGUGAAAGCUCUAUCCUGCUUAUAUGAAAAAUUGUAUCAAAAUCAAAUCAAUCCAGAUAAUGAAAUCCUUGUGACAGUAGGAGCAUAUGGAUCUCUUUUUAAUGCCACUCAAGGAUUAAUUGAUGAGGGAGAUGAAGUCAUAAUAAUAGUGCCUUUCUAUGACUGCUAUGAGCCCAUGGUGAGAAUGGCUGGAGCAACACCUGUUUUUAUUCCCCUGAGAUUUAAACCUGUCGAUGGGAAAAAAUGGUCUAGUUCUGACUGGACAUUGGAUCCUCAAGAACUGGCAAGUAAAUUUAACUCCAAAACCAAAGCUAUUAUACUAAACACUCCACAUAACCCCAUUGGCAAGGUAUAUACCAAAGAAGAACUCCAAGUAAUUGCUGACCUUUGCAUCAAAUAUGACACACUAUGCAUCAGUGAUGAGGUUUAUGAAUGGCUUGUAUAUACUGGAAAUAAGCAUGUAAAAAUAGCUACAUUUCCAGGUAUGUGGGAGAGAACAAUAACAAUAGGAAGUGCCGGAAAGACUUUCAGUGUAACUGGCUGGAAGGAAGCCUUGGCUCAAGCUUUUUGGAUUGACAUCAAGCGCAUGGAUGACCCAGAGUGUUACUUUAAUUCUUUGCCAAAAGAGUUAGAAAUAAAAAGAGAUCGGAUGAUACAUUUACUUGAAAGUCUUGGCCUAAAACCCAUAGUUCCUGAUGGGGGAUACUUCAUCAUUGCUGAUGUGUCUUUGCUAGAUGCAGACCUCUCUGAUAUGAAGGACAGCAAUGAACCUUAUGACUAUAAAUUUGUGAAAUGGAUGACUAAAAAUAAGAAACUGUCAGCCAUUCCAGUUUCCGCAUUCUGUAAUGCAGAGACCAUAUUACAGUUUGAGAAGUUUGUACGAUUUUGCUUCAUUAAAAAAGACAGUACACUGGAUGCUGCUGAAGAAAUCAUUAAGGCAUGGAAUAGACAGAAGUCUUCAUAGAUGCAGAUCAUUUCUACUAGAUGACCUAGAGACCUAUCUAGAAAAAUGUUGCUGUGGUUGCUGUCAGAGAAAUUACCGUCUGUGCUCUCUUCUAGGAAUUUUUAUGGUCUCACAUUUAGGUAAUUUAAUCCCCCGUG